ACGUCGACUAGUCGUUCGAUGACGUAACGUUCUGCCACCGGGAGAAGUUUGAAAAUAAACGUGAAACUUUUUUUCCCCCUCAAACGUUUAAUGUCAGUUGUGUUUCAGUCGCGUCUUUCCGGUUAAUUUCUACAAACAACGAGUUGAACCGAGAAGCGCAGCGCAGAGGGAGUUUAUCCGCAGGCAGCAAUGUCUUCCUCAGAGGAACAGCCGUUGGAAGCCGUGACGGCUGCUGUGUCGGCUGCCUUGUCGGCCGCUGUGUCGGCUGCCAUGGCGGUUGCUAUGGCCGUGGAUGCCAAGGCAGACCUUGCCGCGCUGUUAGACGAAUGGGAAGAAGCACAGCGGGGCACCACAGAGCAGCUGCUGUCCAUCCUUACCAAAAUAUCUGAGCUGAUUGAACGAGAGACAGGAGAGUAUCACAAAGCAGACCCUGAUCCGUUUGACGACCGUCAUCCAGGACGGGCGGACCCAGACUGCAUGCUGGGACAGCUCCUGAAGAUGCUCUUUAUGAACGAUGACUUCACUAAUGCACUGUUGGACACAUACAUAAUGACCAGCAGAGACCUGAGCCUCAACACAGCCGCAUGUCGUCUGCUUCAGAACAUCGUGCCGGGCCUGGAGACUGCUGUCGUCUUCCAGGAGAAGGAAGGUCUGGUUGAGAAGUUGUUCAGCUGGGCUCGUGAAGCUGAGCGACCGCUGUGCAUCUACGCCACAGGGCUGCUGGCCAGAGCCAUGAGCAACCAGGAAGUAGCAACCAGCUACAGAGAGGAGAACGCUCAACUGGUGCCGAUCAUGAUUCGGCGCCUGCACGAGCUGCAAACUGAAGAUGCCAAGAAUCACUUCAGUCCCACCAACACCCCCCAGAAUCUACCUCAGGACUCUCAGGUUGAAGCCACCAAAACCUCAAGCAUCUCAGCAGACCAGCGAGACAAGGCAGAGGGGGAGGAUGUGGGAGAGGAGACAGACAAAAGAGACAGAGACGGAGAGAGCAGCAGGCCAGUGUCGAAGACCAGUACCAAACCUUUGUCCCUGCUCGGAUCAGCCAGGACAAAUGGCGGCAGUAGCAGCAGCGGUGGAUCCAGCUCCACCCGACUGCUUCCAGACUUUGUGUACCAAGCGAGCCCGGACCCAGAGGACAGGCAGGGGCAGGGAGGAGGAGGAGGAGGGAAAAGACGGGCGGUGAAAGAGAACGGGAGGAAGGCUAAGCAGAAGCUCAACUUUACCUCGUCCUCCUCCAGGACUGACGAGGAGGUGGAGAGGACUGAUGCCAGCGAGCAGCCGACCAACAGCAGCUCCUGGUCUGAGAUGAGCUCGAUGGUGAUUGGCUCCGACUACCGCCUCUCACCGCUGAGCCCGGCCAUGGAGCAGAGGCUCAUCCUGCAGUAUCUGACGCCGCUCGGAGAUUACCAGGAGUUGCUUGCUGUGUUCAUGCAGCUGGACACCCGGUCAUUACUGAUGAACUACAUAGACCUCAGACAGACCAAGAAUGUCCAGCUCACCUUUGAUGCACUCCUGUAUCUCGCCUCACUGCUCCUCCAUAAAAAGUUUGCGGCAGAGUUCAUUGCUCACGGAGGAGUGCAGAAACUUCUGGAGAUCCCGAGGCCGUCUAUGGCAGCAACUGGAGUUUCUCUCUGUUUGUACUAUCUGGCAUACAACCAAGAUGCCAUGGAGAGGGUGUGCAUGCUCCCGGAUGGCGUGCUGUCAGACAUGGUGUCCUACGCUCUGUGGCUGUUGGAGUCGUCCCACGCCUCAGGCGUCUGCCAUGCCACCAUGUUCUUCUCCAUUUCUUUCUCCUUCAGGGCGGUGCUGCAGCUCUUCGACCACCAGGACGGCCUGCGCAGGCUUGUCAACUUGAUCAGUACUCUGGAGAUCCUUAACACAGAGAAUGAGGUGUCCAUAAUGAGCGAUGACCAGGUCUUCUCCAGCCGACAGACGGCCAAACAUACCUGCAUGGCCCUGCGCAGGUACUUUGAGGCUCACCUGGCAGUAAAGGCUGAACAGGUGAAGCAGUCCCUGCACACAUCAGAUGAAGGUACCAUUGUUCCCCAGCAGCCGUUUUACAAGGCAUAUACGUACACCAGAGAACAGAUUAUUGAGAUGAUGGAGUUUCUCAUCGAGUGUGGUCCUCCUCAGCUCCACUGGGAACCAGUGGAGGUUUUCUACAAGUUGUCCUGUGUUCCUUUAAUGCUGCAGCUCAUCUCUACAGCCUGUGACUGGAGGACCUACUACGGCAGGAGUGACACAGUACGUUACGCCCUCGACAUCCUGGCCAUCCUGACCGUGGUUCCUAAAGUCCAGCUGGUGCUUGCAGACACUGUAGAUGUUCUGGAUGAAAGCAGGUCACCUGUUUCCACUGUGGGUAUGAGCAUCAUCCUGGGUGUCGCAGAGGGCGAGGUGUUUGUCAACGAUGCUGAAAUCCAAAAGUCUGCGCUACAGGUGAUAAUAAACUGUGUGUGCGCCCCAGACCAGAGCCUGAACACUGUGGGUGCUUUUGCUGUCACCCCCCUCAGGCCGUCCCUCCACUCCCAGCAGCCUCCCACCCCCCACAACAGGGUGCUGGCCCACAUGUGGCAAGUAGUGCAGAACAACAACGGUAUAAAGGUGCUUCUGUCACUGCUGUCGGUGAAGAUGCCCAUCACAGACGCAGACCUGAUCCGUGCUCUGUCCUGCAAGGCGCUGGUUGGACUCUCUCGCAGCUCAGCGAUCAGACAAAUCAUCAGCAAACUGCCACUGUUCACCAGCAGCCACAUCCAACAGCUGAUGAAGGAGCCAGUGCUGCAGGACAAACGCAGUGAGCACGUCCGUUUCUGCCGCUAUGCCGCCGAGCUGACCGAGCGAGUGUCUGGCAAGCCUCUCCUCAUGGGUACCGACGUCUCAUUGGCUCGUCUGCAGAAAGCCAAUGUGGUCGCCCAGUCACGGAUCACCUUUUCUGAGAAGGAACUCCUCAUGCUGAUCAGGAACCACCUUGUGGCUAAGGGGCUCCAUGACACGGCGAACACGCUUGUUAAAGAAGCAAAUUUAUCUGUAGCAUCUCUCUGUCCGAACUCUUCCUCCUGCAUCACCCCUCCUCCCUCCUCCUCCGUGAUUCCCAGGACUUGCCGGUUAGCAGGUGGGAUUGCGGCGCGUGUUGCCGGCCAUGUUGGAUCCUCUCCUGUGUCCUCAGCUGCCUCCGUUUCCUCCUCCUCUCCGUCUUCCUCUCGAGCCCUUGUCACUCAUCACCCAUCAGGCACCUCUUCAUCUACCUCUGCUCUUCCUACUCCUCCACCUCCUCAUGGACAGGGCUCACAUCUGGUUGGCCGGAUAUUGUUCACGCGGGAACGCCCAGUGGCCAAUUGCAACUCAGGAAAAAAACUCAGGGCCCUGAAACAGAAGUCUGACCAUGGCGCUUUCAUACAGACUCCAGCCAUGAAGAAGCAGCUGGAGCGCCACCUUCCCUCCCCCCCGACCCUCGACAGCAUCAUCACAGAGUAUCUGAGGGAACAACACGCGCGCUGCCCCAACCCUGUCACCACCUGCCCCCCUUUCUCCCUUUUCACCCCCCACCGCUGCCCCGAGCCCAAGCAGAGACGGCAGGCAUCGCCCAACUUCACUGCCCGCCUGGGGAGCAGGGUGCUGUACCCGAAAUAUGGAGGUGUGGACAGAGGGUGUCUGGAUAGACAUCUGAUAUUUAGCAGGUUUCGUCCGAUGUCAGUCUUCCACGAAGGCGACGGAGACGAGAGCGGUUUCACCUGUUGUGCCUUCUCAGCCCGCGAGCGUUUCCUGAUGCUGGGAACCUGCAACGGUCACCUCAAAUUCUACAAUGUCUUCUCUGGAGAGGAGGAGGCCAACUACACCUGCCACACAUCAGCCAUCACACACCUCGAACCCUCCAGGGAUGGGAAAUUGCUGCUUACCUCUGCCUCCUGGAGCGUGCCCCUGUCGGCCCUCUGGAGUAUGGACGGCGUCUUCAGCGUGAAAAACUCAUUUGUAGAUGACCACUACGUUGAGUUCAGUAAACUCUCUCAGGACCGAGUCAUCGGCACCAAGGACCAAGUUGCACAUAUCUACGAUAUCCAGACGGGUCAGAAGACUCUGACCCUGAACGACCCCGCUCUGGCCAAUAACUACAAGAGGAACUGUGCCACCUUCAAUCCCACCGACGACCUGGUGCUAAAUGACGGGGUGCUGUGGGAUGUGCGGGCGUCAAGGGCCAUCCAUAAGUUCGACAAGUUCAACAUGAACAUCAGUGGAGUUUUCCAUCCCAACGGCCUGGAGGUCAUCAUCAACACUGAGAUCUGGGACCUGAGGACCUUUCACCUCCUGCACACUGUCCCCGCCCUGGACCAGUGCAGGGUGGUCUUCAACAGCAACGCCACCAUUAUGUACGGAGCAAUGCUGCAAGCUGAUGAUGAGGAUGAUGCCAUGGACCAGCAGAUGAAGAGUCCCUUUGGUUCGUCCUUCAGAACCUUCGAUGCCACCGACUACAAGCCCAUUGCCACGGUGGACGUAAAGAGGAACAUCUUUGACCUGUGCACUGACACCAAGGACUGCUACCUGGCUGUCAUUGAGAACCAGGACACAGUGAGCCUGGACACCGUGUGUCGUCUGUAUGAGGUGGGACGACAGAAACUGGCUGAGGAGGGAGACGAUGACGAUCAGGAUGAAGACCAGGAUGAUGAUGAUUCUUCAGACUCAGAUGACGAUGAUGAUGAUGAUGACGAUGAUAUGGACACAGACCCGCUCAUAGAGGAACUGGCCAAUAAUGACGACCCAGAAAACGAGGACCGAGCCGACUCUCCCACAGACGAAGAGAUUGCUCGUCUCCUUGGCAGCAACAGUGACGACGACAACAACGGCGACAACGAUGAUGAUGAAUCGGACGACUCGGACAAUUCGUACAGAAGUGAUGACGGAUCUGAUUCAUUUGACCCUGAAAACCCUUACUACCCAGAGCCAUCGGAUGAUGAGGACGCCCGGCUGCUUGAGUCCCUCCAUGACCGAUGGUUCUCCUGACCUGGGAGAAGACGCUCCUCUGCCGACAACAUGAACCUCAACAUGGACUUUUUUCUAUUUAAACCAUCAUCUCUCAUUUAAUCAGGCAAGUUGACUGUGAACACGCUGACAUGCACAUCAGUGUCCCAGAGGAUAAAAGAAAAUAUGUAUUAUUCUCUCUGUAUAUAUUUUAAACCUCAGAGAGACGACAGUGAUGAUAAUAAAUAUUUCCCAAAGAUCACAGCGCUCCAAUGAAAACACAGACUUUUCCCUCCUCCUGGUUUUCUGUUUCUUUUUUCACUAACAAAGUUUUGAUUGAAAAUUAUUUAUGAUGUUUGACCUGGCUCACAGUGUUUUUCUCAGCCAGGUCUAGUUUAAAAUUCACAUGAUGUAGAGCCAUAAAUUAAAUCAGUGUGACACCACUGCAGUUCCGUUUAACUUUCCUCAUUUUACAGCUCAGAGAAAAUGUGAAGUACAGGGUAUGUUAUGUACAGAUUUAAAGAUAUGAAUGCGUUCCUUCACUCUGCUCGAUCACAGAGGCUCUCUAGAAACAAAUACCUCCAUGUUUCCAUGAUUAAAUAAAAAUACCCACCCACCCCAAUGUCUUGUAAAUAAUCAAAAUGGCCACCUCUUGAUUCAAGAGGCCAAACACCUCUCUGUUGUAAGUCAGCAGUUAUUUCCAGAUAGAACCUUUGCACAGGUGAGCGGGUCACUAUCAGCCAUAUUUUCCACAAACGGUGCAUAAUUUCCACACAACAUCCACAACGACAAAUACACUUCUGUGAGGAUUUCAUAGAUGUGGCAGUAUGUAGUUUUGUUUGAGUUAUUUUCUCUGAUUUAAUUUAUUUUGGUUUAUCUUUAUCGGGGCUGAUAGCUUUUAUGUUUUGGGAGAAAUGGAAGGAGUAGCUUUGUUAUUGAUUUAGUGCUUUUAGGCCCAUGUAUCCUUCAGGCGUUCCACUGUUUGGAUCACAGGCAGCUUAGAGACGACUGAAAUUCAAAUAAAUUAUUGGUUAAAAAAUAUAGAUACCUUUAAAUUCUCAAUUUUCUAAGAACAGAAAACCUGCAGAGCUCGGACAACAUGUACGUCAUGACUGUUUGUAGCAGCUGAUGUUUGAAAAUCCCUCUAAAUGUGAUCAAACUACAUUACUAUAUGACAUUAUAGUAAACUAUGCAGCGAUUGGUAUUUCAGACGUGGUCUCAGCAUUUUCCACUGAUGUCUGAAAUAUGUGCAGUAACUUGGAAAGAUGUGAAUGUGAAAACUUCAUCUGUUGCUUUAUUUAGUGUCAAAUCAAUAUUAAAAAGGUUACCUCACAUAUGAUGAAUAAACAUAGUAUAAGUUAGAUUUCAUUAUCAGCUGUUACAAAGUUUCAUAAAACACAAGAUGAGAAUGUUCCAGAUAAAAUCAGCAUCACUAAACAGUCAACCUUUGACUUUAUUAAUAUUUGCUUUUUAUUAUUUUUUCAGCUACUUGAACAGAUACAGACAGAAGUACAAAAACGUUGGGUGUCACUGUUACGGGUAAACAGCUCAGUCAGUAUUAGAUUAGAUUUAGUGAACAUGUUUGAAACUCUACGACCAACUCAGCGCUGUUUCACCUGUUGUGAAGGUGCGUCAAUCUGCAGCAGAUUUCACAGUGAUGGUCAGUGACUGUUCAGCUGAUGAACAGCUCAGCUGCUGUUGGAUGAAAACUUCACUACAGGGGUUAAAACAUACGACUUUGUUUUCAAAGUGAUCCCAUCGUUUGGUUGUGAAUGGAUGUUUAAAACAUCCAGAUCUACAGUUUUACAACAGCUUGUCUACAGUGUGAAUGUGUUUAAAUUGUUGUAAAUGACUAAUGAGACUCUCACACUAUGAUUCAGUUAAUACAUUCUACUUUAAUAAUAAAAGACCCUUCUCCCUUC